GGAAAAUUAAGUUCAGACGUUACAUCAAAAGCAAAUUACGCAUUAAGAUAGCAUAAUGUCAAUCUCUGCCGAAAGCACCUCAGAGCAGUUACAGGUUAGAUCUAGCAGUCGUGAACAAAGCCUAACUGAGAAAGGUAAAGAAAUCCAAGAACAGGGGGCAAAGAAACAUGAAAAGGCAUUUAACAAGGCUUACGAGACCUGGAAAGAGUUAGCCAGAGAUAUCAGAGCAGGACUGAAAGGUUUUUACUCCUCUGAAGAACUCAAUGCUGCUAGUCAUGACAUCAGAGCUAAGCAUGAGGCUGUUACACUAAACUAUGAGCCCAUCCGUCGUAACCACUCAAUGACUCAAGAAAUAGUUAAAAGGAUGGAUGCCUGCAGUGUGAUAACAACCGAAAUAUGUGAGCUAAUUCAAAAACGACAAGAGACCAUUCAGGAAGCCUUUAACGAUCGACUUGAAAAGGAAAGAGUCAGAAUGAUACUGAACAAGACAGAGUUUGGCUCAGUAUUUGGACAUUCUAUAACCGAAACAGUCAUAUCUGCUACUCCAUCCAAACUACAGCAGCUAAAGGCAGACAGUGCAGUGAAGGUGGCCGCUGCUCGAGUAAGAGUUUAUAAUGCUCAAGAUGGUUUUGAAAGUUUUGAAGCAUCAUCUCACCAUUCAGAUAACCCUGAAUACUGUUACUCUGCCACUCAAGUCUCCCUAAAUCCUCAGGCCCAAUCAUUUCAGCCUCGAACGCUCCCAGGUGAGCAAGAGCUUAACUUAGCUCAAGCCCUCGCAAACUCCCUGACACUGAACCGCCUUCCUCUACCUGAGCUUGCCAUCUUUAGUGGGGAUCCUCUAAAGUUUGUGGACUGGAAAAUUUCCUUCAUGGCAUUAAUAGGAAAUAAACCGCUACCUGUAGGCGAGAAGAUGUUGUACCUUAAAGGUUACCUUGCAGGUGAAGCAAAGAAAGCUGUAGAAGGAUACUUUUACCGCAAUACUGAGCAAGCAUAUCAGGGUAUUUGGAAUGUGCUACAGGAAAGGUAUGGCAGUCCAUUCAUGGUUCAGAGAGCCUUCAGGAAUAAGCUUAUGAAAUGGCCCAAAAUAAAUGCUAACGACCCUCUAGCAUUAAGAGAGUUUGCAGACUUCUUACAAAGUUGUUCGGCAGCUAUUCCACAAGUCAAGGGUCUAGAGAUCCUCAACGAUUGCGAAGAAAAUCAUAAGCUUUUAAAGAAGCUUCCAGAUUGGAUUGUACAAAGGUGGAGUCGUAUCGUUGUGGAUGAGAUGGACAAAAGGCAAGAGUAUCCCAGCUUUGCCCACUUCACAGAGUUUAUGCAAAGGGAAGCUAAAAUAGCUUGUAAUCCUAUCGCCUCACCAUUCCUGAUAAACGAAAGAGAUUCAGAUGAAAGACAUGUUAAGAGAGCCAAAGCACUCAUCACAACUACCCAAACCAAGUCAGACACCUCAGCCUCUGUUGUCACUCCUAAACCAAAGCAGCCUUGUUUGUUUUGCAGAGAUGAAAAGCACGGCAUAGUGAAAUGUUCCUCAUUUGCAGCAAAGUCCAUGGAAGAAAAAACAACUUUCAUUCGUGAAAAUCGCCUGUGCUUCGGAUGUCUAAGAAGGGGUCACAUAACCAAAGAAUGCAAAGCGCGCCACACCUGUGGUAAGUGUAGCCGACGUCACCCGACAUGUCUGCAUACAGAAAGGGUUAAAGAACCAAAGCAACAGGAAUCUGAGAAUGUCUCAAGAGAAGGCACAAACAAUGAAGAACACAAAGUCAUGACCCAUGUGCUAACACGGAAGACGUCAGCCACAUCCAGCAUAGUACCCGUCUUUGUCUCUGCUGCCUCACAACCGCAGAAAGAAAUACUCACCUAUGCUUUACUUGACACUCAGAGCGAUUCGUCCUUUAUUUUAGAAGAUUUGGUCUCUGAAUUGAAUGUUGAUUCUGAGCCAGUUCAACUAAAAUUAAGUACAAUGACCUCUGUUGACACUGUGGUAGCAAGCAAACUUGCUUGA